CUUAAAUUCCUACAACAACUCAACACACACAGAUUCUCUCUCUUUUCAUCUCAAAUUUAAGUUUCUUCUUGCCUUCUCUAAGAUAAAUCAAAUAUGAACAAAAUUGCAGCCAUGUUCUUCAUGGCCCUGUUCCUCCACUGCAUGCUCACCCACUCUGCACGACAUGAACCACCUUUUCAAAAGGAAUCUUUGGUAGUAACACAACAUGAUCAGGAUGUUGAGGCAGUAGUUGAUAAAUUAUGUGAAGAGAUAGAAGAGGAGGAAUGCUUGAUGAGGAAGACACUUGUUGCUCAUACAGACCAUAUUUAUACUCCGAGUCCGAAGCAUAAGGAAUAAGGUUUUGGUCACAUGUUUAUUAUUAGUAUUUUCAAUAUAUAAGGAAUAAGGUUAUGGUAUAACCGAUCUCAAUCCUACUUGUGUAACAUAUUUAUAUGUUAUAUAAUGUCAUGUCCCCCUUUUUUUGUCAAGUAGUCUAGUGACUACAAAUUAUAUCCGUAAAGUAAAUAAGGGGGUGUUCAGGGUUCGAACCCGACCCCUGCAUGUAUAAUGUUAUGUCUCUGUCAAUUGAACUAAGCUUAUGGAAACGAUUUUUUUUUAUAAUGUGUUUACUGUAUAAUCUUUUGUGUGU